AUGGAUCCGGAGAGACCCCAUCGAAGUGCCAGCAUCAACGACAGCAGCAGUAGCAGUAACACAACAAGCACCACGAGCGAGCUCUUCAUUUGUUUCACUUCACGCCUUUCUUCUUCCUCAAUGAAAAUCUCUUCAAAAUCCUUUCUUAGUCCUGGUCGUACAAGGGAACCUUCACAAAUCUCUCUUUCUUCAUCCCUUAGUAGAAGAUUGAGAAGUAAUGGUAGCAUGAAAGGUGGUCAAGCUUCACCAAUGUUCCCUACAAAUGGCAAAAAAAGAGGCUGUGCUUAUGAAAACCCUGAGCCUUCUUCUCCUAAGGUUACUUGUAUAGGUCAAGUUAGAGUCAAGACUAAGAAACAGGGCAAAAAGUUAAGAGCUUGCAGAUCUAAAAGGAGAGGGGAAGUUAGUUUCACAAAAGUGGGUCAUAACAAUGCCAACAGUGGAAGCAACAGUCUUGAUUCAAGUAAUUGUCAGGAUUACAACAUGGGUCAUUUCUUAAGCAAUAACAGUCAUCAUCACCAGCAGCAACAGCAACAAGAAUGCAAGAAAUGGGUGCAUUUGCGGUUGACUAUUUGUGAAACAUUGAGGGCAUUUGGAGCUGAAUUUAACUGCUUUUUGCCUUGCGGUUCUUCUUGUAUGGCUAACCAAAGGGACAAAGAAGAGAAAACAGGAGCAGUACGUGCUGGGAAUGAUGGAAAUGGAAAUGGGAAUUCUUCCUCUGGGGCUGUCUUUGGUAGGUGGCUUGUGGCAGUUAAAGAAGGGGAAGGGAAAGAGAGGGAGAUUGACUUGGUUGUUGGUGGGGAAGAUGAUGAGCGAAGGAAAAGUAGUGAGAUGAUGAGAAGUAACCGAAGGAGACAUGUUUUUGAGGAUAUUGAAAUAAAUGAUUGUGGUAAUGAAACUAUGGGUGAUGAAAAAGAAGCUAGGGUGAGUAUUUGUAUCCCACCUAAGAAUGCUUUGUUGUUGAUGAGGUGUAGAUCUGAUCCUGUUAAAAUGGCUGCUCUCGCCAACAAGUGUUGGGAGACUCUAAUGCCUAAACAUGAAGAAGGAGAGGAAGAAGCUGAAAAUGACAAUGAAGAGAAAGAGGAAGAGCAAGAGGAUGCUGUGGAAGUAGAAAGGGAAGAAAGGCAAGUAAAAUUUGAGCAAGAAAUUGAAUAUCAACAAGUGAGUGAAGUCAGUGAAAUGUUUAUUUCUUGUGAAGCAACUGAUGAACAAGAAAUCCCAGAAACUGAAGCUGAAACAGAGCCAGAAUCUGUUUUGGUAGCGGAUGAAAAUGAAGUUGUAGAAGAAAGUUUGGAAAGGGCCUUAAAAGAAGAAACAUUUAUAAAAUGUGGAGAUCAAGAACAAGAAAAUGAAGUAGAUGAAGACCAGCAGGAAUCAACAAUAAAAGAAGCAAUUUUGACAGAAGUUUUAUUUGAUCUUGACAAGCUACAGGGUGAAGAAAAUGUACCACAAACAGAAGAAGAAAAUGAAGAUGGCCUUGAAGAAGAAGCUGAAGCUGAAGAGGAAAAUGUUAGUGCUAAAGUAGAGGAAGACGAAGAUCAAGCAGAAGAGGGUUCAACUUCAACAGUAGAGGAGCAAGGGACUGAGACAAUCCAAGAAGGAUCCGAACUUGAAUGUCCGGAAACACGGGAAUCAGACCGGGAAGUUGAGUCAAAGAAGAGUAAAAGUCAACAGAACUUAUUGCCAGAUUGUUCACCGUUAAUGAUGUGUGAGUCAAAGCUGUCAAUGGAGGUAUCCAAGGAGGCUUGGGUGUGUAGCACGGAUUUCAUCAGGUGGGUACCAGAGAAGAAAAAGCAGGCAGUGGUCAAACAAAAGGUCGGCGGAGAUGAGACCAAACGAAGAAUCAGGAUUGACUCUAAUCCUGCUCCAGUUUUGUUACAGCCACCUAGAUCUUCUUGCUCUUUCCCGGCUGCUCCACCAAUGGCUAUGGCGGCUAUUACAGCUAAUGGAACUGGCGGCCGUCAGUGUAUGGCUACCAUGAUUGAGCAGAAGCUUGUUGGUGGUAAAGGGAAUGAGCCGCUCACGCGCUGCAAGUCAGAGCCUAUGAGAUCAUUGGCUACGCUUGUGAUGUAG